AUAUUUGUAUCGUUGUUAGAUUUUAUUUACGAGAUGGCGUUUGUAAUCUGUAAUCAGUUUUAAAGGUUAAAUACGGUUUAUCUUUUAAAGAUCACGCACGUAUGUAAUGCGUGCAUGCGAGAUAGUAUGUGAGAAUAAAAAAUAUUAAGUGGAUUAGUAUUUUGUUUUUGAGAAGUAUCAUAGAUUAUUACUCAUAACUUGGCAGGAAAAUGGAAAGUGAACAGCAUCAUUAUGAAUUACGGAGUAGAAGUAGAUCUCGUUCUCAUACACCAUUGGUAUCAAAUAAAACUUUGGUAGAUACCGAACAAGCGGAACAUCGUUAUGACUUAAGAAGUAUAAGUAGAGAACGAUCGCAUACUCCUGCAGAAGCUAGAAUUAUAACAAGAUCGGGUAGUAGAUCGAUGUCAGGUAAUGUCAGCAAAGUGCGUGAUCAAAAUAUACUGACAAUAAAUGAAAAUGUACAAGAACCUAUAUCAGAAAUUAUAUCUGAAAAUGUAGAUAAACAAUCAGAUAGUUCUGUGUCAAUGGCAUCUAAAAAAGUAGAACGACGUUCUGAACGUCAGAGAGCUAAACGACAAAUAUUUUUAAACGGACAAGAUGACACCAAAGAAGAAUCAAGCGAUAUUACACCAAAAAAAAUGCGUAAGAGUAUAACACCGCAUAGAGUAAUCAGCAGUGAUUAUUCUUCGGAAGAAGGAGAAAGAGAAGACUUACCAAGUAGACCAGGUUCUGCCUAUGAGAUAUAUAAACAAGCUGGAGAAUGGUGGAACAAAUUUCCAAAAACAGAUUAUACUUAUUCACAAAAGUCACAAUGUCGUUAUGAAAUAGCACCAGGUAUACUUGCAAUGCCUAAUAUGUCCAGAUGUUCAAUACAUUCGGAUUCUAGUAAUAAUAUCAAUAAUGUAAUAUCAACAAAUCAGGAGAGUUUAAGGCAAUCUUCCUUAACUACAUCUGAAAGUGGAUUAGGUGAUACUUUAGAUUCUUCUGGCCCUAAGGAUACAAUUGAUCAAAAUCUUGUAUCUGUAGAUAAUCUAUCUACUUCCUCACGUGCCAGUGUUUCUAAUUUUUCAUCAAGAUCAACAAUGUUAAAAAAAACACAUAUCGAACAAUACACAAUGCAUAGAAAAGUUAUUUCUACAAAAUCUACGGAUUCCCAAAGUAUUCGACAAAGGUAUCCUUCAUGGACAAAGCCAUCUAUAGAUUAUAAUGAUACUUAUAGAUAUGAUUCUAAUACAGAAUUAAAUGAAAUCAUGCCAUCAACCUCACUUCAAAAUACUCAAAGAUGGAAGAUAACGCAAAUAUUUUUAAAAUUUAAAAUACUUCUCGUAGCUUGGUUUCUUAAAUCACUUGAAUUUCUUAAAAUCAGAACAUCCAGAAAAAGAGAAUAUUAUACUCAUCAUGAAUUCAUUCGUUAUAAUGAAUCAUAUUGGAGAAGACAAUGGUGGUUUAUUGGGCGGUAUGUUUACUUAGGAUUAGUCAAACUACAUUUGUUUGAUUGUUGGGUGUUAAGCAGAUUUUCAGGUAUAAGGAAACGCAUAUUUGGAUCAAAAAUUAUAUGGAUUUCCCUAAUUCCAUUGCUUCUUUUAGCUGGUUAUUGGGGGAUGCCAUACAUUCAAUCAUUCCUUUCUACUCUCAAAGUUAAAGCGGCAAGUAACAGUAAAACAAAUACAAUAUUAGAAAAUGUACAAAGGGUUAUGGAAAAGAGUGCACAAAAUGAAGAAGAUCAUUCGACUAGCAGCAAUUAUAAUUUAAAUGUAAUAAUCAAUAGAUUAAAUGAAAGAAUAACUAAACUAGAAGAUUCUUAUUCAACUGAGUACCUAAUAAACAUUAGUCAGAUAUUGCAAAAUCAAAAAGAAAAUGAAAUUGAUACUUUGCAGAGAAUUAACGAAAAAAUAUUGGAAAUGGAAAAUAGGAUAAGUAAUCUUAAUUUUAAGAUUACCAAUGACGUAAUCGUGGAGAAAACUCAAAAUUCACAGACAAAAUCGUGCUGUGAUUCAAAUAAACAGCUUCUUGUACCUGAAACUUUACGCAAAGAAGUCGAUAAUAUUUUAGGGGAAUACUUUGGAAGUACUACCUCUUCGAAGGAUUUUUCUUUAAUUUUUGAAAAAUUAAAACAAUUAUUAACAGAUAAAGAUAUUUCAAUUGGUGCUAAUUAUGCCAUUAAAGAAGAUCUUUCAUUGGAUGAAAAGAUUCUUAAAAUAAUAAAUGAUAGAUUAAAGAUAUACGAUGCUGAUAAAACUGGACGUGUAGAUUAUGCUUUAGAAACUGCAGGAGGAGAAAUUAUUAGUACACGAUGUACUCAAAUGUAUAGCGUCAAAUCAAGAUCUUUAAAGCUAUUAGGUCUGACAAUUUAUUCUGAAAAUAAUAAUCCUCGAACAGUAAUACAAAGAAAUCCGAUACAGCCCGGUGCUUGUUGGCCAUUUCAAGGUUUUCCAGGAUACUUGUUGAUUAAAUUGCGAUAUUCUAUAUUUGUAACUGGUUUUACCGUUGAACAUGUAGCUAAAUCUAUAUUACCAAGUGAGAAAAUGGAGAGUGCACCACGUAAAUUCAAUGUUUGGGGUUUAACUGAUCAGAAUGAUCCUGAGCCAGUUAUGUUUGGUGACUAUGAAUUUCUAGACUCUGAUGAGAAUUUACAAUAUUUUCCUGUACAGAAUACUAAAAUUGUAAAACCAUACGAGUACGUAGAGUUAAGAAUUCAUAGCAAUCAUGGAGAAUUGGAAUACACCUGCUUGUACAGAUUUCGUGUUCAUGGAAAACCAGCAUGAUUACGUAAUGAUAGGAAUAACAUAGUUUUACUAUCCUUGCGUAAAACUUCUUUACGAUUUAACAAUAUUAAGGUAGAAGAUGUGAUAGACAAUUCAGACUUGACGCGUGCCUUUUUUAUAAUAAACAACUUUGACAUUGUAAUUCGAGGGAAUGAAUAAGAAGAAAAGAAAAUUCAUAACUCUUUUCACAAGUAUCACAUUUAAUUUAUAUAUAUACAUAUAUAAUCUAUUACAUUAGGAAUGCACACAAUGAGAGAAUGAUUAGCAUUAAUGAAAUUAAUUGUGAAGUAUAUAGUAUAGUAUAUAUAAUCAUUUUUUUUAUACGUCAGAAAAGGUUGUCUCCCAUGUCGCAGUACUUUGAUGAGAAAAUUUCUAUUGGAACUUUAUUCAUUUCAUUUGUUUAUUUAAUUGUUUUUUUUUUUUUAAAUUAUUUAUAUAAAGGUAAAACGAAGAAUGUUCCAGUUAGUUAAUAUAUAAGAAUAUAGAUCUCUCUUACGUGUUCAUUUAACGAAAAAAAACAAAAAUGAAAAAAAAAAAUAAAUAAAAAGAAAAAAGAUUCUUUACUUUCUUUACUUAAAAAUUAAAGAAUUUUAAAAACGCACACUCUCACUUCAUUAACACACAUGUCUAAAAUCAAUCAUAAUAUUACAUACAAUAAAAUAAAGCAAUAUCUCUUUCUCCCUCUAUCUCGUUUUUUAAAUUUAAUAUUAAAAAGUUCAAUUAUUUUUGUAAGAGAAUUUUCACUUGCCGAUAACUUUGAUUCUUAAGAAGAAUGUAUGCGUUAAUAAUAUAAUGUUUAGAAGUUACCGAAAAUCAAGAAAGAUCAUGAAUCCUCCAAUGACGUUUAUUUGACAGUACAAAAAGAAUGAAUAAAAAAAAAAAGCUUCUUUU